GUUCUCAGACCACGCGGAGCUAUCACAGUCGAGGACCUUGGCCGCAACCUACGACGUUCCCACUAGACAUCUUGAACGGCCGUUUUUCGAGUUCUGAUCAGACAGCGUCGCAGCCCCAUCUCUAUAUCCCUGCCUAAACCGUCAAACAUGGCCCUGCCCACUACCAUGAAAGCCGUUGUCUUCGACGGCCCGUUCCAAAUAUCGGUGCAGGACCGUCCUGUGCCGAAGAUCCAGGAUGACCAGGACGUCAUUGUCAAAGUCCAAGCCACCGCCUUGUGCGGCUCGUGAGUUGCAUCGCUCCACAUUGAGCUCCUGGCAGUUGCUGACGUCGUACUCCUCAGAGAACUGCAUGUUUUCCGAGGCCAUGAAACGACGACCAAUGGCUUUAUAAUGGGUCAUGAGUUCACGGGUGAGGUAGUUGAAGUAGGGUCGAGCGUGACCAGCGUCCGCGUAGGCGACAGAGUGGUGUCGCCCUUCACCGUGUCGUGUGGAAAAUGCUUUUACUGCGAGAGCGGGUUCACCGCUCGAUGCGAAAAGAGCCUCUUGUUCGGCUCACGCUUCCUAGAUGGCGGCCAGGCCGAGUACGUGAGGGUGCCGCUGGCGGACGGGACGAUCUUCAAGGCGCCGGAUACCAUAUCCGACCAGGCUUUGCUGCUCAUGGCGGACAUAUUCCCCACUGGGUAUUUCGGUGUCAAGAGCGCGCUCACGCUGUCACCUACAAUUGACGUCGAGAAGUCAACCAUGGUCGUCGUGGGUUGCGGCCCGGUCGGCUUGUGUGCCGUCCUCUGCGCACUCCAACGACGCCCGCGACACCUUUUUGCGGUUGACAGCGUCGCAAGCCGGCUCGAGGUAGCUCGGAAGCUGGGUGCAGUGCCGCUGAACUUCAUAGACGGCGAUGACAUGCGUCAGAAAGUCAUGGAUGCCACUGAGGGCCGCGGGGCCGACAUGAUUAUCGAGGCUGUCGGCCACUCCCCAGCCCUGCGGACUGCGUUUGACUUGGCUCGUACCUUUGGGGCAAUCAGCAGCAUCGGCGUCCACAAUGGCGAGAUUCCUUGGACCGGGCGAGAGGGUUAUGGCAAAAACAUCCGCCUGCAGAUGGGUCGAUGCCCCGUUCGGCACAUUUUCGGCGAAGCUCUAGCUGUGCUGGAGAAGAACCAAGACAAGCUUGGCUUCAUGUUUGAUCACAUCAUGCCCCUGACCGAGGCCAAGGAGGGCUAUGAAUUGUUUCAUAACAUGAAAGUGCAGAAGGUUAUUUUCAAGCCAUGAGGAGAGUAGGAGGUGGACUUUAAGCGGGAUGUCGGUAGACUCAGUUCUGUCGAGGCUUGACCAUCCCCUCAUGCAUGAGAUAGUAGACGACAGUAGAGUCGUUGUGGAGCGAGGCCAAUACGAAUCUCUUUGCUCUUCUGCUGGGCUCUUGAGGGAUCGAGUCGAAGACGGCGGCAAAACGGGCGAGAGACCAUUUCUCAGUCAGAUGAACAGGCAGAACCCAUUCGAAUUCGGGAUCCUGGAAUAGUUUCUCGCCGGUUUUGUGCUCGUGAGAAAGCGCCUCAAUUUGAUCGUCCGGGUGUAGGUAGAGCC